AUGUUCUCCGAGUAUGCCUCCAGGUUCCUCGCCCAGUCCCAGUCCCGCCUGUCCAACUUCGGCCAACCCGACGGUGAAUCUGCGAGCAGGCAGCCGGCCGACCCGACCUCCCGCUUCUCCCGGCAGCCUGGACGGUCUACAUACCAGAGCAGGCUAGGAAACCCAUACCAGCCCUCGAGCUCGCGUUUCGGCUUUGCCUCCCGGUACAACACUGCUCAGGACACGGCACCGCUCUUCCACAGCGCCCUCAACGAGUUCCAGGACGAGGAUGAGGAUGAUGCGCGGGAGGCCACCGACUUCAGAGCUCUGCAACGGUCGCGGCGCGUCUUCAUCUCCAGCCGCAUGGACGAGAGCUCUGCGUCCGAGAACGACCACAGCCAUGCCUCGCUAGGCGAGAGCGGCGAACAGGACAGCAGAGUGUACGAGGACAGGGGGCGGCGGCCCAUGGGCAUCAAGAGCAGCUGGAACGGCGAGUCCAGCUUCAAGGACCGGACGACCAGACAGAAGCGUCAGGAGGAGGUUAAGGAAUCAGGGAACCCCAAGACUUCGCGCCACAACUCGGACAGCAGCGACGGAAAGAUGGUAGAUAUCGGUCUGGAAUCAGCCGUGCUGGACAACGACGUGCCGGAGGACUUGCUACAGGAGACACCCACAGAUCUGGACCCGCCUGCGUUUCAACAGUUCAGACAUCCCAAGGCAGGCCCUGAUUCUCGCCUGAUGCGCGACGUUAUCCCCGAGGAAGACGAGCCGCUCGACGACCCCGUGGCGGACGUGCCGUCGGUCGGGGCACCGAGCGAGAUGUUCGAGAAUGAUCAGUUCUUUGCCUGGAUAUACCUGAUCGCCAUGGCGUCCCUGUUUGCAACUUUUGUCCUGGUAUGGCUGCAUACGUCAACGCCGAGCAGCAAGACCCCGCUCGGCGAUACUAUAUACACUACGCUGCAUAGUUCAUUCUAUCUCCUCGCGGUGGAUACGGUGGUGGCCGUCGUCGUAGCUCUGGUCUGGAUGGCGCUGCUUCGGUCGUUUGUUCGACCGUUUGUUAUUCUCAUCGUCGCUGGGAGCCCCAUCGUCCUCUUCGCAUUCUCGUUAUACCCUUUCAUCGCAAGCUUUCAGGGCAGCUCGUCGAGGCUGGCGCUGCAAGACACCGUUAUGAGAUGGCUCUCCCUUAUUCCUGCAGCAGCCGCGAUCGGCAUGGUCUGGCUAAUUAAUAGGUCCCGAUAUCAGCUGCACAAGGCCAUCGAGCUCCUUGAGUUUGCGAGCAGGAUUCUGGCAGCCAACCCGGCCCUCGUCGCGCUUGGUUUCGGCUCUCUGGUUUUCGUCGUCGGUUGGACUUGGGUAUGGCUGGGCAUGUUUACACGCGUCUUUCUGAGCGGAUACUUCUCCAAGUCGAUUGCGGCCUUUGUCAUUGGCGCUGCAACUUGGUGGAUAGGCGCCUACUUCUUCCUCGUGUAUCUCUGGACCUUGUCCGUGGGCAGCGGAGUUGUGAGAGCGACGACAGCUGGCACAGUUUCGAAUUGGUACUUCCACCGCAACCGGCAGCCACCGUCCCCUUCGAAUGCUGUUGUGUCCGAGGCCCUGCAGCAUGCUACCAAUUCGACGUUCGGCACCAUCUGUGCAGCCACGCUCCUUCAGCUUGCUGUUCGCCUGCCGCUGCUCAUCCUGCCCGCAAGGCUUGCUCGGGUCGUCAACCUGGCUGCCUUCUCCCUGAUUCCAGCCCCCAUCGCCAUACUCACGAACCCACUCGUCCUGACAUACGCCGCUAUCCACUCACUGCCCUUGAUGGAAUCGGCCUCCCGCUUGACGAGGAUGUCGUUCCUGAACUUGGACUCGACCACCACCACGCUGAUGCCCGGUGCGUUGAACCGACGGCACCCGAACUCUAAUGGGCUCGUCCCGUACGGACUCGCCAAGCUACUGUUGAAUGCAACAAAGAUGGUCAUGGCCGCGGCCCUCGGUUUCGCCGGCUGGGUCAUGACCGCCCGCCAACUGGAAGGCCAGCGACCAGAUGGCGUCGGCUUCCGCGGAAGCGCAUACGCGUACGUCGUGGGUAUCGUGGCGGGUGCCAUCGGUUUCAGCAUCCUGGGCUCCCUCGAGAGCAUUCUGGUGGGCAUCCUCGACGCCGUCGUCGUCUGCUACGGCAGCGAACGCAAGCUGGGUAGUGGCCGGCUUGGGUACUGCAUGGAGGCGGCCUACCUGCUCGGCGACAACGACGAGGAGCGCAAUGACGUGUAA